CUUACUGGGUUCGAAGGAACCCAGCACCAACGUCUGGGUUCCUCGGCCUGGGUUCGAUGGAACCCAGGACGCCUGGGUUCGAUGGAACCCAGGACGCCUGGGUUCGAUGGAACCCAGGACGCCUGGGUUCGAUGGAACCCAGCACGCCUGGGUUCGAUGGAACCCAGCACGCCUGGGUUCGAACGUUCCUCGAACCCAGGCGCUCGGUUCCGAACCCAACGCCUGGGUUUGAGUCGAACCCACCUGGGUUUGAGUCGAACCCACCUGGGUUUGAGUCGAAUCUGCCUGGGUUUUUUUGUUCUGUUUCUUUGUUGGCUUGCAGUCAUGCUUGAAUGGGAUUUAGAGUUUGGUGUGGUUUCUGAUUGCUUGAAUUUCCAGAUCUAGUUACUGUUGAUGUUGAUUGAAGGAAUGUGGUGUUUUUUCCAUUUUUCUUUGCAGAUCUGGUAUACAUUUGUAGAGGAAUUGAUUUUUUGAAUCAGAUUUAUUGAGUUCUAUUAGGGAGGAGGUUUGGGGAAGAAGUUGAUGGUGAUUGGAGUGGUAAUAGAUGAUCGGAGCAAUG